AUGAGAUUUCCCAGGUCUCAGGAGCAAUCUCAGUGUAGUUAUAGGUCCCAGUACUUUGGACGGCCACCUAGGCCUCCGCCACCUCAGUUACAAGGUUACAGGUAUGUCCGUUAUACUCAGUCAGGACUAGGUGAGAGCUUACAGGCAUCGGGUUUGCAGCGACAGCAAGGUUCAGGGAAGACAUGGUCAUUUUCGCCGCGGUGUCCCAUCUGUGCGGGUAGACAGGACCAAGAGUCUUCACUAGACGUUGUGACAGGUAUAUUGACCAUUUGCUCUCACGAUGCUUAUGCCUUGAUAGACCCAGGAUCUACUUUAUCAUAUCUUACCCCAUUUGUUGCGAGGAAGUUUAGUAUAGUGCCAGAAAUACUAAGUGAUCCUUUUGCGGUAUCUACACCAGUCAAAGAAUCGAUUAUUGCUAGAUGGGUUUACCGAGCUUGCUACGCCACAGUUGAUUGUCGAGCAAAGACAGCUAGAUUUUAUUUUCCGGGUGAGCCAAUCCUUGAAUGGGUAGGUAAUACAGCGACACCCAGAGGUAGGUUUAUUUCCUAUUUGAAGGUGAUGAAAAUGAUCGCAAAAGGGUGCAUUUAUCAUAUUGUGCAAGUUAGAGAUGCAGAUGCUGAGGGGGAUAGAUUCUUUUCAAAGAUAGAUUUGAGGUCGGGGUACCACCAGGUCAGAGUUCAGGAGAAAGAUAUUCUGAAGACAGCCGUUAAGACCCGAUAUUUCCACUUCGAGUUCCUUGUGAUGUCCUUCGGGUUGACGAAUGCACCUGAUGAUGAGCAUGCGGACCACCUGCGAGCGGUACUCCAAACCCUCCGUGAUCGUAAAUUGUUUGCUAGGUUUUCUAAAUGUGAGUUCUGGUUGAAGUCUGUAGAAUUCUUGGGGAAUAUUGUAUCCGAUGAAGGGUUUUUCUUCCCUUUCGGAGCCAUUGACGAGUUGACGCGAAAAGAAACUAAGUUUCAAUGGACGGAGGCUUGCGAGCAGAGUUUCCAAGAGCUUAAGAAUAGGCUGACCUCAGUGCCAGUUCUAAUACUUCCAGAGGGUCCAAAUGGUUAUGCCGUGUAUUGUGAUGCCUCAGGGAAAGAUAAUGUUGUAGCAUAUGCCUUAAGUCGCCGAUCUAUGGGUAGCUUAGCACAUGUAGAGGCUGAGAAAAGACAAUUAACUAGAGAGAAUCAUCGAUUGGCUUCAGACGAUGGUGGAGUUGUACUCCAAAACACUGCAAAAUCAUCUCUCAUAGCUGAAGUUAAGGAAAGGUAG